AUGAACAAUUCUUUAGAAGAACGUUUGAAACAAAAUUCAUCUGCUUUUGAUGGCUUAUUGUCGUUGAUACCUGCUAAAUAUUAUUAUGAUGAGAACACUUUGAACCAGUGGCAACAAAAGAAGCAAUCGAGGAAUGAAAAGCAGAAAAACAAAAGAGCCAAAUUGAACCUGGAAAACGUUGGAGAAGUGGUUGAUGGUUCUAGUGCUGCUGAAGUGCUAAGAAAGAGAAGUGAGAAUGCAAAAGCUUUGAUAAUUCCUGGUACGGGCGAUAAAAAGAUUCAGAGAAGAAAUAGCUUCAGAAACAGGGGAAAAACUACUCGCACAGAGAUUGACGAAAAUGAUAAAAAAGAACUCGCUAAUGGUCAUAAAAAUACAGAAGAAAAUCCUGAUAAAAGCCUUGAUAGCACCGAAAGGGAGAAAAUAAACAAAAACUCAAUUGAGAAACCAAUUGAAAAUAAAAAAAAUGAAAACGACGAAGGGUCUGACGAGAGCAUAGUAUAUGACGAUCAAGGAAACGAAAUAAAAGCAGAAGACUCAAAAAUAAAUAAUAGCGAUCAGCUGAAUAAAAAACCGGUGGAAGAUUCAGCAGAGAAGAAAGAAAAAAUUGCAAAAUUGAAAGAAAAAUUACAGUUGCAAAUACAAAAUUUGCAGAAGAAAAGACAUGCCCCAGGAUCUGGAGUAGAAGGGGCAGCGAAAUCACGACAACAAAUAUUGGAACAGCGUCAAAAACGGGAUAAAAGAAUAAAAGAUUUAAAAAGAAAAAGAGAAGAAAUGGAAGAAGAUGAUGUAAAAGAUAAUGAUUCAGGUUCUAGUUCUGAUUCAGGUUCUAGUUCUGAUUCAGACCCUGAUCCAGAUUCAGAUCUUAAAAUAGAGGACAGUGCAAUGUUUUCUAACAUUGUUUUCAACGAUGGAGAUAAAGUGACUUCAGAUUUAUCUAAUUUGAGGAAAGGUAGCUUUAAGAAAAAAGGGCCUGCAAAUAAAGAUUUCAAAGCACAUCUUAAACUUCUUCAAAAUCAGAAACUGAAAAAAUCAUCAUUAGAUCUGAGCAAAAAAGAGGAACUUGAGGAGAAUCAAAAAUGGAAUAAAGCAAUGCGACAGCUUGAAGGUGUAAAGGUUAAAGAUAAUGAACAAUUGUUAAAAAAAGCCAUUAAAAGGAAAGAACAGAAGAAAAAGAAGUCCGAGAAGCAGUGGAAAGAAAGAAACCAAAACGUCACUGAUACAAUUGCUGCUAGACAGAAGAAAAGAGAGGAAAAUCUACAGCUAAGAAGAGAAAACAAGGGCAAAAAACGCUCGAAACAGGUAAAGCUAAAAAAAUUUAAUACAAAUUCUAAGCCAAAGCGGGCAGGCUUUGAAGGAGGUCGUUCAAAGUUCAAAAAUAAGAAACAGUAG